AUGCUCCUGCAACACACCAGCAUCGCCGGCAUCAUGGAACUUCUCCCGCAGUUCAAGCAAAAAUAUCAUAUUAUUUCCAACGACUCGCAGGAAAGCAGCGGUGACGGCUUCAAAGCACCCCAAGCACCCCUGAAACGCUGGCUUCUGCUCGUUCUCUUUGCCUGGUGGAACGUGAUCGCCUUUGGAUGGGCACUAUACGGCUUCCAAGCCUACCUUGGCUCGGAUGAGCCAGCCGUAACUGCAAUAUCCUGCGACUGCGGCGCCAGCCUCGACGAAGCGACGGCGAUGGGGUGCAAAUACGAUGCUCUCUCCGUGUCAUGGCUCCCGCCUCAGUGCCGCGAUGAUGAGCUGGCGGCUGAAUUCAACCGAGCCGGCCCUGGUCCCAACGGUGAAUGGUCCUACUGGGCCGACCGUAACCAGACACGGCCGCUCACUGUUGACGAAGUGGCUGCCCUCGCCGCCAAGCCUGUUGAGGAUGCCCAAUUCUGGACGACCUUUGGCUGGCACGUCAGCCACUGCUCAUUCUACUGGAGAAAAGAGCAUCGGAUGAGGGAGAAGGGCUUUCAGGUCGAGCAUCGAUACGACAAGGAGAGCCACGUCAAGCAUUGCCACAUGACAUUCAUGGCAAGGACACCGUUGCAGGUGACGAAUACUCAGGCAGUCGUGGGUUUGGGCGGAGAUCGAAUUGGGGGAAUCGUAAUGAAGCAUGAGACGGAGAAGGAAGACAAAAAGGACGAGCAUGCUCGGGGACAUCAUCACCAUUGA